AUAGCCGCGCUGGGACACCACUCACGCAAGGGGUCGAGCUGGAGACCGGGGUUUCCAUGGACCACACUUGGGGGUCGUCGAAUGCAGCGGCCGCCUUGGUCUACUUAUAACUUUUAUAAAGGCCGCCUUGGUCUACUUAUAACUUUUAUAAGUCGCGGGCUGCGCGUCCCAUAUCUUCGUCGCUGCAGCCCAGCCCUUGGCCCACGCCACAGGGAGCCUGCCGAGAGUUCACCAUGGUUCAGAACAAGCACGCCGAGCGCGUCAAGAGGCUCCUCGGAAUUGAUCCCGACCAGACGUUGGCUGACUCCGCACUCUACGACGAUGGUCUCUACUUGGAAGAAGAGCCGUCUACCAAGGACGUCCUGCUCGGCCUCAUCCCUACCAUUCCCGGCACCGUCAGAUACCUUAGGGAGCUGUUUCCAUUCAUAGGUUGGAUUUUCCAUUACAACCUGAUAUGGCUAUUGGGUGACUUCAUCGCUGGGGUCACGGUGGGCUUCGUCGUUGUGCCUCAGGGCAUGGCUUACGCCCUGCUCGCCAACCUGCCACCCGAGUAUGGCCUCUACACCUCAUUCGUCGGCUUUCUCCUGUACUGGGCUUUCGCCACGUCCAAGGACAUCACCAUCGGUGCCGUCGCGGUCAUGUCAACCAUCGUUGGAAACAUCAUCAUCAACGUACAGAAGACACACCCUGACCUCGCCGCCGAGACCAUUGCCCGAAGCUUGGCCUUCAUUUCCGGGGUAGUCCUCCUGUUUUUGGGCCUCGUCAGGGUCGGCUUCAUAGUGGAGUUCAUCCCAUUGGUCGCCAUCGGCGCCUUCAUGACGGGCUCUGCGAUCAGUAUUGCUGCAGGCCAGGUCCCCGGCCUCAUGGGCAUUUCCGGCGUCAACACGCGCGAGGCUACCUACCUCGUCAUCAUCAACACGCUCAAAGGCUUGCCAAGGACCAAGCUGGAUGCCGCCAUGGGAUUGACCGCCUUGUUCGGCCUCUACUUCAUCCGAUGGUUCUGCGGAUAUAUGGGCCGGAGGUACCCGAAGCGCGCAAAGACAUGGUUCUUCAUCUCCACGCUGCGGAUGGCCUUCAUUGUGAUUCUCUACAUCCUCGUCAGCUGGCUGGUCAAUAGGCACGUGUCCAAAGCCUCCAACGCAAAAUUCAAGAUUCUCGGCACUGUCCCAAGCGGGUUUCAACAUGUUGGAGCGCCGCAACUCGACUCCGAGAUCCUCGAGGCCAUCGGGCCGGAGAUCCCCACCACAAUCCUCGUGCUUCUGAUCGAGCACAUUGCCAUCUCCAAGUCAUUUGGCCGCAUCAACAACUACAUCAUAGACCCUUCUCAGGAACUGGUCGCCCUUGGCUUCACCAAUGUCUUCGGUCCGUUCCUGGGCGGAUAUCCCGCCACCGGGUCGUUCUCUCGGACGGCCAUCAAGGCGAAGGCUGGGGUUAGGACCCCGCUCGCCGGCGUCUUCACCGCGGUCAUUGUUCUCCUGGCGCUGUACGCACUGACGUCCGUGUUCUUCUAUAUCCCGUCCAGCGGGCUGUCGGCUAUCAUCAUCCACGCCGUCGGCGACCUCAUCACCCCCCCACGCGAAGUGUACCGUUACUGGCAGACGUCCCCUCUCGAGUUCGUCAUCUUCUGGGCCGGCGUCUUGGUUGCCAUCUUCACGUCCAUUGAGAAUGGUAUCUACGUCACGGUCGGCGCCUCAGCCGGACUGCUACUCAUCCGCGUCGCAAAGAGCCCGGGGAGAUUCCUCGGCAAGGUUACCAUUCACCGCGUAUCCAGGGGCAGCAUCCAAGGCGCCGCCGCUUCCCUCAACCGGGGCAGCGUGGACGGCGAGAAAUCCCACGCCGCGUUCAUCCCCCUCAGCCGGAGCGACCUUUCCAAUCCGGAAGUCGAUAUACGGUCCCCAUAUCCCGGCGUCUUCAUCUACCGCUUCGGCGAAGGCCUCAACUACCUGAACUCAGCCCGCCACCUCGACGUGCUCACCAUCUACAUCCUCGGCCGCACCCGCCGCACCCAACUCGACAAGUACGACAAGAUCGGCGACCGCCCGUGGAACGACCCGGGCCCGCGCCCCGGCCGACGUCUCCUCCAUAUCAACAACAACAACAACAACAACAACAACAACGCCGAGCUCGCCGCGCGGCCCACCCUGCGCGCCGUCAUCCUCGACUUCUCCGCCGUCAACUUCCUCGACGUGACCGCCGCCCAGGCCCUCGUCGACCUGCGCAACCAGUUCGACCGCUACGCCGCCCCGGACCGUGUCGCCUGGUACUUCGCGGGCGUCUCUAACCGCUGGACCAAGCGAGCCCUGGUGGCGUCUGGCUUUGGCGUCGACCGGGACCAAUCCGGACCCGUGAAUGGUGGUGGUGGUUCUGACGAUGAAGACAUUGGAAGAGAGCCGUUGAUUGCUGUUGCUGCGGAGGCGGAUGGUGGUGACGGUGGUGGUUCGCGGAAUCCGAAGGCGGAGGUUGGGAGGUCUUCUUCUUCUAAGACCAAGGAGAAGAAGGAGGAGGUGGAGGAGGAGGUGGAUAUCGAGGCUGCUGCGGCUGGCGGCGAGGUCACGCCUGUCCCGUCGUCGGUGGAUGUGGGCGGCGGGGGGAGGCUGGUGCCGUUGUAUGGCGUCAAUAGGCCGUUUUUCCAUGUUGAUGUGGGGACGGCGCUGGCGAGUGCGAUUCGGAGGUUGGAGGGGGGGAGGAAUGUGGAUUGAUGGGUGGUAUGGCGGCGAUUGCUUUUUGUUUAGAGAUGGAUGGGCCUGAGGUUUGGAUAUGCUAUUUUGGAAUAGCACCGCUCUUCUCUGAAUACCGGUAGGUAAGCGGUAAGCUGCUAACCAUGGCUUACUUAUAAACUGACGAUUUUAUUUUUGGGUCUCUGGGCUUCAAAUCUAGGAUGAUGAAGAGGAUUCGUGCUGAGAAAGGCGAUGUCUUAUGAUCUCAUAAUCUAUUCUUCUCCACUUCCAGAAAACAACAGGCAGACGGACUGCUCCCCAGGGGUCAGUCAAUGAUAGUCGUUGAUGAACAAGGUCUACUACACCCUCUAACCUCGACCACCAGCCCCCAGUAGCCUAUCUACCUUAGUCAACGACUUCAUGUUACCAAUCGAUC